CGCUCAGCGCUGAUGGCGGCGUGGGCGCUCUCUGUGUUGCAGGCCGCCAUCGCUAUCAUGCCGGUAGGCGGCCGGGUCGCGGGAAAGGUGGGGAUCUUCUCCAACCUUCAGAACGAUGGCCGCAGCCACUCGGGCAUCAACGAGGCCAUCAUAUGGGUGAGCAUCGGCAUGGGCGUGACGAUCGCGGUGCUCAUUUCGAUGGCGCUGUGCUACAUCGUGCGCGAGAAGUGCCGCAAGCGGCGCGAGUUCUACGUGAGCGCCUAG